AUGGGGAGCAGAGCUGCCCACAAUUGGAAGAGACGGCAGAAGUUGCUCGAGAAGUACGCGAAGGGAAAGGGCAAAGGCCAAAGCGGCCAAAGCAAAGGAGAUCGGAAGACAGGUGGGAAGCAUGCGACCCAGGACAAAGAAGGCCGGCGCCGCGCUCGCCAUUCGGAGGCCGAAGUUGCACGCCCGAAGCGGACAAGGUCCUUGUCUAGCGGAACGAAGGUGAGAGCUGCGGCUCCUGGUCAACCUGCGAAAGGCCGGAGGAAGCAUCUUCCUGUUCCCGCUGGCUCAGACCCUGCCAAAAUUGGGAAGAAGAAGGUGCGAGCGAAAGCCGGCGUGAAGAAAAUCAGGUCAAGCAUCCAUCCAGAGACCGAGAAGGUGAAGAAGGUGAAGCGUUUGAGAAGGGCGUCACGCGUGACAUCAAAAGAGCCUCGAGGAAGGAAGGUUCUAAAGAAAAGGCUGCUGAAGCUGAAGCAGACCGCACGAGUCGUGUGCCCGGGAAGCUUGACCGAGCGAUUCAUCGCUUGCGGCCGGGCUUCAGCAUACAGUGCGCUGACCGCGUUUGAGCGACGUCUGCUUUCAACUGGACAGCUCAGUUGGAGGUGGCUCCGCGACGAGGAUGCAGACAUGCUGCCGCCGAGCGCUCGGCGGUUGGAGGCAGAUCCGACAGCAUACUAUCAAGCCGCAAGAAGCGCAAAAGGAUCGUUGCCAGCACGGGCAGUGUCCAGGCUUUGGUCAGUAGACGCGGCAUUGGAGACCGAUGCGCUUUGGCCUCUCUGCGCAGAGCGCCUCCAGCUUGCCCAGCGGCUGCAGUGCCAGAAAGGCUUGCGCCGACGGAGCGAUCGCUAUAUUCGUGAGGUUCUGACGCCACUCACCGACCAAUCAGUUCUCUCGGCUGCGUGGACCGAUGGCUCGAGCAGGGCAGCCUUGGAUCAGGCAAGGCGACUGGUGACCGGUUGCGCCGGGGCAUGGAUGGCAGCUACGAAGCAGGCCGCAGAUGCGGCCCUCUGGAAGCCAGCUUGGUCUCAGAUGCUGCGGCGUUCCCUCAACGGGAUGUACAAGGCCGGCGAAGACUUGACACGUGAGUGGUGCUUUCCGCUCUUCGGCAGGCUGGUCAAUGACAGAAGCACCAGCGCCGCGAUAGUGCUCGCUCCCGCAAGCCCAGACAAGCGGAGCCUUUGCGAGUUGGCCGUGCUGUGCAGCCUUUGCCUGUCUGGCACCAGCUCAUUCCAGAUGAAGCAACAAGGUGGAACGCUGCUUCUUGCCCUAGCACUAAAGGGGGUACUACCUGGUGAGUUGUACCAGCUGCAGGUGGUGCGGCACGGGGGUGCCUUCUUGCUGCGGAACCUGAGUGCACAAGGCACACUCGUAAAUGGGUCCACUGUGAACGAGGAGGUGAUCCUCAAGAAUGGGGACAUCAUCAGCAUUGGGCAGGUGGGGUCCGAGUAUGGCAACAGGCCAGCCUUGCAGUUCAAGGUACAUCUCUGCGAAGACCUGAUAGCCAAAGCAUCUUUUUCUGUGUGCCUUUGGUGGCUGCUUCCAGGCCGACAAACUGAAGUUUGUGGUCCCGGUUGGGCGGGGGAUCCUGUUUCGUUUCACAGCAUGUGCGAUAUGUACACUCGAGGUGCAAACGGCACCGAACCCACGGUGCUGAACAAACAGCUGUUGGCUGGGCCAUCGGGCGCUGUGCGUGUCGGCCGGGCCCUGCAGCCCCCCGAAUUUUGGCAGACGCUGGUUCCGGAUGAGACCCUGAGAAAUGCAAUCUCACGCGAACAUUUCGAUGUGUGUCCGACAGCUGACGGUGUCGUGCUCAUCAACCGCAGCGUCGCCGGAACUUUACACAAUGGCGUUCUCGUGCAGCAACAGACCCGAGUGAACAGCGGCGAUGUUCUGGCCAUCCCGUUGCACAACCAGCCACGAGAGCCCCCAAUCGUUCAAUUUCGCCUGGAGUGUGCAGCCGGCCAUCCCGAUCCUGACUUCGAGGAUGGGGCGCCGCCCCGUCUGCUCGGUGCAAAGGCGGGGAGCGUCGAUGCCUCUCUCUCGCCGGAGAAGGAGGCCGCCGACGUGGUGAAGAUUGCUGUGGAUGCGCUCCCUCCACCUUUCUCUCUCGAAUGUGUGGCUGCAAGAGGCGUUGAAGGGAGAGACUUGGAGCAACUGCCCACGGCCUGCCGCAGUUUGGCGGCAAGCUUCUCGCAGGUUGAGAUCUCCGUGGGAUCCUCGCAUCAACCCGGAAAUUUCUGGGAAAUGUUGCUAAAAGAUCCAGCUCUCCAUGCCCAGAUACUCCCGCUGCACUUCCGACUCGAGAUGGCUCAGCUUAGCGAUGGGCCUAUGCUGAUACUCGAUGCGCAUGCUGCGACUGAGCUCAACGGCAAACUCGUAGAAGGCAAGGCGCCGGUUUUGCAAAACGACUUGAUAAGUAUCGCUGGCACUACCAACGGCGUGACAGACGAUGUCCCUUUGGUGUGCUUCCGUAUCUUUGGCAUCCGUUGGAGCGCGGUCAAAAACUUGGGCCGGCGCACCGUGCUCAGGGAGUGCACGGUCAUCCUGGAGCGCACGUCUCGGUUCUAUGGAAGCCCCUCGCAGCUGGCAGCCGCAUCGCUGAAUCUGCAGGAAGGUACACCUGAUGCUUUGGAUGCGCCCUCAAAAGCCACCGCAGCUCCCGUCGCUUCACCUCUGCCAGUGCCGGCACCGGCAGUGCCACCCGCACCAGCGCCGGCAGCUACAGCAUCAGCACCGGUAGCAGCGCCCCCGAGCGGCGCUUUGAAGUCUUGCCUCGCGUUCGUCCAUAUUCCCAAGGCAGCAGGCUCGAAUGUUGAGGGUGUCAUAGCACGAGCUUUUGGUUAUAACCAGGUCGUUGAGAAUCCAGGUGAUUGCAUCUCGAUGCGAAAAAUCGAGAAAGUAGUCCGCUUUUGGGGCAUGUGCGAUGACAGGCUACAGUGUGAAACCAAGAAGCACUGCGGCUGGUCUGGUGCCGACUGCUGCUAUGUAAACAAAUCCUUCGUGCCGCCCCCUACGCCCAACAAGGGCGUGGAUCGGUGUAGCUUUUGGCACUUUCCUCCCGCCUGGGAUGCGCAGCUCGCGAAAGCGUACAGUGAAGACUGCGACUCGUUCUGUGUCGUUCGAGAACCUCUGAGUCGCUUUUUGAGCCAUUGGAGGUGGAGGCACUUCAGCAAGCCGUCAGACUGCUCGCCUGAAGUACUGGAGAAGUACACACAGGAAAAGCUUGGCCAAGCCCGGGAAGAUGCCUUGCUGGAGGAUUGCCAUUUCACGCCGCAGGUAUACUACGCCUUCCAGAACGGCGAUCACACAGCUCCUCGGAUAUGUCGGCACAUAAUCAAGCUGGAGCAUCUGGAUGCAGAGUUCGCGCCCUUGAUGGCGCAGUACAACCUUGAGAAGGUGCACCUCGGAAAAGGCAAGUCUCGCUCUAGCAAGAAGUGCGACAUAGUCCCGACGGAUGCGACCGUGAAGCUGAUUAAGGAUUUCUAUGCAGCGGACUACAAGGCCUUCGGCUACGAGUAG